CAAACUACAACCAGCGGUGGGACCAGAGGGUAGCUCCACGGGCAGCGUGGUGCCCUUGGUCCCCCAGCAUGGCCCCCUCAGCCUGGACCAUCUUCUGCCUCUUGGGGCGUCUCCUGCUCUGCGGGGGCAGUCCCGGUCACGGCCCCAGCCUGCCCCGCCUUCGGCUCUCCUACCGAGAACUCCUGUCUGCCAAUCGCUCUGCCAUCUUUCUGGGUCCCCGGGGCUCCCUGGACCUUCGGGCGAUGUACUUGGAUGAGUACAGAGACCGCCUCUUUCUGGGGGGUCGUGAUGCCAUCUACUCUCUGCAACUGGACCAGUCAUGGACGGACCCCCGGGAGGUCCUGUGGCCGCCGCAGCCAGGGCAGAGGGAGGAGUGUAUUCGAAAGGGACGAGAUCCUUUGAUGGAGUGUGCCAACUUCGUGCGGGUGCUGCAACCCCACAACCGAACCCACCUGCUGGCAUGUGGCACUGGGGCCUUCCAUCCCACCUGCGCCCUCAUCGCGGUUGGGCACCGUGGGGAGCAUGUGCUUCACCUGGAGCCUCACAGUGUUGAAGGUGGGCGGGGGCGGUGCCCGCAUGAGCCCAGCCGUCCUUUCGCCAGCACCUUUGUAGAUGGGGAGCUGUACACGGGCCUCACUGCUGACUUCCUGGGGCGUGAGGCCAUGAUCUUCCGGAGUGGGGGUCCCCGGCCAGCCUUGCGUUCUGACUCUGACCAGAACCUGCUGCAUGACCCCCAGUUUGUGAUGGCUGCUCGGAUCGCUGACAACUCUGACCAGAACGAUGACAAGGUGUACUUCUUCUUCUCGGAGACUGUCCCUUCGCCAGAUGGCAGCCCAGGCCAUGUCACCGUCAGCCGUGUGGGCCGCGUCUGCGUGAAUGACGCUGGCGGCCAGCGGGUGCUGGUGAACAAGUGGAGCACCUUUCUCAAGGCCAGGCUGGUCUGCUCGGUGCCCGGUCCUGGUGGUGCUGAGACCCACUUCGACCAGUUGGAGGAUGUGUUCCUGCUGUGGCCCAAGGCAAGGAAGAGCCUCGAGGUGUAUGCGCUUUUCAGCACGGUCAGUGCUGUGUUCCAGGGCUUCGCAGUCUGCUUGUAUCAUAUGGCGGACAUCUGGGAGGUCUUCAAGGGGCCCUUUGCCCACCAAGAUGGUCCCCAGCACCAGUGGGGGCCCUAUGGGGGCAAGGUGCCCUUCCCCCGCCCCGGCAUGUGCCCCAGCAAGAUGACUGCGCAGCCCGGACGACCCUUUGGCAGCACCAAGGACUACCCGGAUGAGGUGCUGCAGUUUGCCCGAGCCCACCCACUCAUGUUCCGGUCGGUGCGGCCUCGGCGGGGCCGCCCAGUCCUCGUCAAAACCCACCUGGGCCAGCAGCUGCGCCAGAUUGCGGUGGACCGCGUGGAGGCAGAGGACGGGACCUAUGACGUCAUCUACCUGGGAACUGACUCAGGGUCAGUGCUCAAGGUCAUGGCCCUCCAGUCUGGGGACUCAGCUGAGCCUGAGGAGGUGGUUCUGGAGGAGCUCCAGGUGUUUAAGGUGCCAACAGCCAUCACUGAGAUGGAGAUCUCUGUCAAAAGGCAAAUGCUGUACGUGGGCUCCAGGCUGGGCGUGGCCCGGCUGCAGCUGCACCAGUGCGAGACUUACGGCAGCGCCUGUGCAGAGUGCUGCCUGGCGCGGGACCCGUACUGUGCCUGGGACGGUGCUUCCUGCACUCGCUACCGGCCCGGCACCAGCAAGCGCCGGUUCCGCCGGCAGGACAUCCGGCAUGGCAACCCUGCUCUGCAGUGCCUGGGCCAGAGCCAGGAAGAGGAAGCUGCAGGACUCGCGGGGACCACUGUGGUCUAUGGCACGGAGCACAACAGCACCUUCCUGGAGUGCCUGCCCAAGUCUCCCCAGGCGGCUGUGCGCUGGUUCUUGCAGAGGCCCGGGGACCAGGGGCCUGACCAGCAGGUGAAGACAGAUGAGAGAGUCCUGCAGACAGAGCAGGGGCUGCUGUUCCGAAGGCUCAGCCGUCAUGACGAGGGCACCUACACCUGCACCACGCUGGAGCACGGCUUCUCCCAGACGGUGGCCCGCCUGACUCUGGAGGUGAUUGUGGCUGCACAGCUCAGCAGCCUGUUCCAGAGGGAGCAGAGGCCGGAGGAGCCCCCUGUCCGGGCAGGCCUGGCCUCCAGCCCACCCAAGGCCUGGUACAAGGACAUCCUGCAGCUCAUCGGUUUCGCCAACUUGCCCCGGGUGGAUGAGUACUGUGAGCGCGUGUGGUGCUCCUCCCGGAGCCGGGGCAAACAGGCCAAGGGCAAGAGCUGGACAGGGCAGGAGCUGGGCAAGAAGGUGAAGAGCCGGGUGCAGGCCGAGCGAAAUCGGACACCCCGGGAGGUGGAGGCCACAUAGAAGGCAGAGGAGGGGGUGGUUGGGAUGGGCCGAGUGGCCCAGUAUCAGCCCCCAGUGUCGCCCACCCACCCAGCUAGGGCAGGGGGGCCAGCAGGCUUGAUCACCUUUUAGAGAUGGGAGUCUCUGCCCCCCAAACCCCUACCAGGCCACUACAGGAAAGGCUGGGGGCCUGAUGGAGGACCCUGUGCCUGUUCCCUGCAUCUUUCUGCUCUUAGUUCCACAUGGAACCAGCACCCUCUGGCCACUGGCCACCCCAGUCGGCCUGCUGUUUGUUCUGAGUUGGCCCCCAGAGCGCAUUUCCCGUGGUGCCCGGAGGCAAGAGGGCUGGGUGGUUCUUCCCCAGCUGCAGAACAAAGGGCAUUCUGAGCCACCCUUCGAGUGGGUGUGUGGGCGCCUCUGAGGAGGUAGUGGCAGGGCCCUUAGGCAGCCAGAGGAGGUGGAGCUGGCACCAGAUAAGAAGACCUACACUGACUGAACUGGGGAGGAAAGAAGGAGGUGCUGAGAAGGUAGACCCCCCCCCCAGCUUUGUGCCCUGAUACCUUGGCGAUGAUCCCCUGCCACUGCCCACCGCCGGUUCUCCCUCUCAGAGUCACAGAAGCACGGACUGCUAGAGCUCCCUGCAGCCUGGGGGUGGGCCCUGCCUAGGCCCUACUUUGUCAACCAAGGGCACCUCACAGCCUGGCUUCCCUUCCCCAGGCUCUCGAGCUGCCAGGCCAGGUUUCCUGGGGUGCCCACCUCUCCUGACAGAAUCCUCCUCCCCACCAUCAGGGUCUCCAUGCUGAUGGGCAGGGUGAGGAUGGGUGCUAGAGAUGGGAAGAGAGGAGCUGAGGGGAGUGGGUCUUUCCCCGGCAGUGCAAGCACGCCCACGGCCUGGGAGGGUGGGACUGCGGCAGCUGGUGGCAGGACCAGGGGUAGGGCUGCACCCAGGGACGCAGAGGAUUGAGAGGCUUUUGAGAUGGGAGGGGGUGGGAGACCCCAGGAUGGGUUAUGGGACCCAGGAGCAGGCAGGCUCAAGGACUCAAGAUGGCAUCAAUUAGCUCUGGAGCCACUGGGGAUGCCAGAUACUUCCCACCCUGGAAUCUUUGCUUUCUGCUAAAUAAGGGUUGGUUGUGGAUAGUUCUUUUAUGAAGCCUUUUUUCUCUUAAGGGAAAAAACAUAGGGGAAAAGCUGCUAAGAACCCUAGGUCCUGCUGGUUUUUGGCGCUGAGCUCAGGUGUCCAGGACGCAUUCUGUCUGCACAUGUAGGGAGGUGUUUUGUCUUCAGCAGUAAUGUCUUUCUUGAGCUGGGGACACAGCAGGGGAGGAGGAGGAGGACUAAAUGAACAGUUGUUUCCAGCCUGAAUAUGAGCAAGUUAGUGAUGCACAGAACUGGCAGGAGGGGGACAAGAGCAUCAGGUUCAAGAUUCCCUUCAUUACAACACCAAGAUGAAUAAAGGAGAAAACAAAAACAAAACAGGGCUGCCUGCCCCACUGAACUCGAACCCAACUGGUGUCUGCCUUGGACUCUACCUGUGCUGCCCCAGCCCCAAACUGGGCCCUGAAAUAGGCCCUCCCUCCCCUCUUUGACUGCACAGUCAGUGAACCAGAAGCAUCAAGAUGAACCUGACAACACUGUGGAGGCCUUGGUCUGGGUUGUGAUGGCUGGGCUGUCAGCAGGGAAAAGCAGAGGAGAGGAGGACUGUGUGGAGGGGAGCUGGAGAAGAGAGGAGAGGGGGUGUUAGAGAGGGAGGAGAGAGCGCAGAGCCCCAGGAAUGGGGUCAAAGGUGCAGCCAGUUCUGCCUCUCUGCCCAGGGAAGCCAGGAAGAAACAACCAGACUCUCAGUGGCCUGUAGGCUGGACCCAGGUGUGGCUGUCUUCAGGUAGGGUCCUCUGGGGAAGCUACUCUGGAAAAUGGAGGGAGGAGGAGCUCAAAAUCCUGAACAACAAACAUCUGCACUUGGAAAAGUAUGGACAGCUUCUAUCAACUCCCAACCCCCACGGUACUGUUAUUAACUCCUGGAAAUGCCACUAUGUGUGAAUUCUAUUUUUGUAAUCAUAUGUUGAGAUGGGCUUUGUGGUUUCUCUGUGUUCAGAACAUACUUCCUCUAAUUACUAUUGUUAUUUUGUCGUGACCACCCCUGGUGAGGAUAGUACAGUGGUCUGCCACACAGAACCUAUAAGGAAAGGAAUGAAGUUAAUAUUCACAUCACAUAAUUAUAUUGUUAUUGUAUCUGUGUAUUUCUGCACUAAAUUGACUGAUACCAGCUGUGUGAGCUGGAAAUG